CUUGCGGGGCUGAUGGAUGGCACAGCGUUUCUUCCUUUGCAAUCAAGAGGUUCGUUUGCUCUUUGUCGUCCAAUAUCCUCAGGAUCUCCACGCGCCACGAAGGAGCCCAGCUCAUUUCAGGUGAUAUGAUUCUUGGCUUUUCAACUGUCUGUUUCCUACCCCUCAGCUCUAAAAGCUCGGAGAACACAGCGUUACGGCAGGUCAAACGGCAAUUGUUGCCGAAUUUGGCUUUCUCCGCUCACCUUAGGUAUAGAAUAAUAUGCUUGACAAUGCUAUUAUAGCUUCUGGGUUGGCAGUUUCAAGACACAUGAUUAGCUGCUUUUUUCUUUCUUCUUCCGUCGGUUGCGCUCAAUUUCCCCGAAUAUAUCUGUUUCUGUGUCUGUUGAUGCUCUUAUCCUGUCACACACAUGGGACGAGGGUCGGAGGUUGUGUGUAUAUGCCUGAGCGUUUAAUUACAGGAUGUCCAUGCGCUGGUGUCGUGCAAGUGCAUCGUGAGAUGCGCACUCACGAAAACCCCAAGUAUGAUGGGCUUUUGUUGUCCUUUUUCUCAUUUGCCUCUACAGAACAAGUCAUAGUUGUUUUCGCCAUUGCAUUUAAGCAUGAUUUGUCAAUUGAUCUGGACUGUCGCAAAUACCAGAAAAGUGGCCCCAAAUUGAUCUAUUUAACAGCAUUACUAGCUGAUUACUGGGCUAAUAUAAAUUAACGAUCCUCUGUUUCCGAAUGAUCCUUGUCAAUUUGGACGUCUGAGUUCCCGAUAUAUACAGGCAAUCACCACCCGGCAGUUCCUGUCUAGACACCCUACGCUUUCUCGGUCGUGUAGUCACUGAGGGUUGUCGUUU